UUUGUUGAAGGCUGCCACAACGGCUUGCAGCGGCGGAUGCUGACGAUGGAACAACACAACCACCACCAUAGAAUACCUUCAGCAUCUUCGGUAAUGACGGCAUCGACAACAACGAGCUCAUCACAACGACCUCAGCUCAUAUUACAUCCAGCGGUCAAUAAGACAACGGUGGUAACGACAACAACAACGACAACAACUUACGCGCCAAUCUCUCUCCCCCCAUUACCUCCUCCACCAUCGUCAUCCACUUAUGACCCUAAGACGUAUCCGCUACUACAUGCCGCCUUACCACCCAGUCUGAGGAACAUCGCGCUGGUCCUUCCAGGUGGUAUACAUGCUACACUACGAGAUACAGGUCAUCAGACAUCCUUCGAAAUGAAGGAGGAAGAAGAAGUUGCAUCAUCUGGGCGUGGAUGGAGGAUGUUAAAGCCUGGUCAAGCCAGUGGAAAUGAAAACUCGACAAGGAGCACAUCCGUCGGACUAGCAGAAGCAUUGGAACGGUACAGCCAGACAACGAAGAAACGCGCAAAAGAGGACGACGGGGAAGACGAAAUGGAGGGCGUGGAAUUUCACUGCGCUGACGCUGCAGAGUCAGCACCUCCGAGAAAAAAGGCUCGGGGACCUCCUUCAUCGCCGACAGCAGCAGGACAGCCGUUAUCACCACUACCGUCACCACAUGGGUCUCCUCCACCGCCCGAAGUGUUUCCAACUCAGCAGCAUCGCAUUUCGCCUCCCCCGCAGUUUGCUCCUUCAUUGGGAGCGCCACCUCCGUUUCAACCAGACCUUAGUCUGACCACUCUUCUCACUCUGCCAUCGCUGUUGACACAUUUUACAUUACUACCAACUUCCUUACAAUCUCACCUUCUCCUGACUCUUCUACGACAUUCACCUCUACCAGUCUUACGCUCAGUGCACAGUGUUCUCACACCCACACUUGCGAGGGAUUUCUUAACGUUACUUCCUCCUGAACUUGUACAGAACAUUCUAGGAUGGUUAGAAUGGCCAACAUUGGUUAGGAUGACUCGGGUUAGCCGGGGAUGGAAAUCGAUAGUCGAUGGUGACGGUGUACUUUGGCGUGGUGUGAUGAAGCGGGAGAGGGUUUGGUGGGGUGGAGAGAUGGAAGAAGGUUGGGAACGAUGGUUACGCGGGAGAAGAAGAAGAGACACUGGAGUUACCGGCAAUAGUGACGGAAAGAUCCGAGAAAUAAUUCAGGAAGCUGAAAUACAACCAUCGGGACCGAGCCAAGCUUAUCCUUCACCACGAAACUCGACCGUUCGCCUACCUGCUACAGCUUCAGUGUCGAGGCACGUCCCAACGCCGACGUCGCCUCCACAUCCAUCAUCCACCAUGUCCUCUAAACAACACGAACCAGCCACGGAUCCAGAAAGUUCACCAAUCAAUCCACCUCAUCCCUAUAAAAUCCUAUACAAAUCGAGACAUCUCACUAGGCACCAAUGGCUCACCAAUCCGACCCCUCGCCACAUCAAUUUCCAAGCACAUGGUCAUAGUGUGGUUACCUGCUUGAUCUUUGCAGAUGUUGGUGGUGGUACUUCCACCCCUUCACCCUCGCUUUCAUCGCACAAGAGGAGUUCUGCUUCACGGAAACGAAUCAUAUCAGCUUCUGACGAUCACUCCAUCCACGUAUACUCACCAUCUACGGGAGCAUUAGAGAUGCGGCUCGAAGGUCAUGAAGGAGGUGUAUGGGCAUUAGCUGCUAUGGGCGGACUGCUCGUCAGUGGCAGUACCGACAGAACCGUUCGAGUGUGGGACCUGGGAAGUGGCGAGCCACGAACUCAAUCAGAAGCAGAGGUCGAGGCCGAGGACGGAGCCGUUGUGAACAGAAAAGGGAAAUGUCUGCAUGUCUUUGGUGGACAUACCAGCACUGUCAGGUGUUUGGCGAUUGUGAAACCAGAGAUGGUUGAUGUUGGAGGGGACUUUGGUGGUGAUGGACCCCAGCGGAAAGAAAAAUGGCCCAAACGCCCGCUGAUCGUCACUGGCUCACGAGAUCAUUCUCUGCGUGUAUGGAUUUUGCCAAAGAAGGGAGAGCAGGAGUACAAGUGUACCAGUAGUGGGAGCGGCGCCGGAAGAGAAGAUGGUACUGGUGGUGCUGACGGAGAUGUCUGUGACGCCGAAGAAAAUCCUUAUCAUCUCCUCCAUCUUGAAGGCCACGAGCACGCAGUACGCGCACUUGCAGCACGGGGGAGGACCCUGGUAUCUGGAAGUUAUGACUGCAACGUGAGGGUUUGGGAUAUUGUCACUGGGAAAUGUCGAUUUGUACUUGCAGGGCAUGGGCAGAAAGUCUACUCGGUUGUUCUUGAUCCGAUUCGACAUACCACAGCAUCCGGUUCCAUGGACGGCACCGUGCGUGUCUGGUGUACCCUUACCGGGUCAUGUCUCCAUGUGCUUACGGGACACACGUCGUUAGUGGGGUUGCUGGGGUUAUCGCCCAGCCACCUCGUAAGCGCAGCAGCUGAUAGUACACUGAGAAUAUGGGAUGUGGAGAAAGGGGAGUGUAAAGCGGUCUUGGCGGCUCACACCGGCGCAAUAACUUGUUUCCAGCACGAUGAAUUCAAAGUUGUCAGCGGAUCCGAUGGGACACUGAAAGUCUGGGAUUUACGAGCGGCUACUGCUGCCACUGCUGAAGAUAGCUCUGCACCCCCGGCUGGCGCUGUACCGCUUGCUCCUGCAGGUGGCCUUGCCUUCGGGGCCGGCGGAGUUGCCGGAGCCGUAGCGGGGGGUGUUGCAGCUGUCGGAGGGGCUGCUGGGGGGGCUGCUGGUAGUCCAACGGUACCUGUCAGAGACUUGCUCACCGGUAUUACCGGUGUAUGGCAGGUUGCUUUCGAAGGAAGAUGGUGUGUUGCUGCUAGUAAUAGGAAUGAUCAGACGGUUCUAGACGUCUGGGAUUUUGGGAGGAGGGAUGGUGAUGUUGAUAUCACUGGGUUGUUUGCUGCGGAAAACGGAGAUGGUGUAGGUCCUGGAGAUCCACAAGGUCCACGAGAAUUUGAGGAAGAUUACGGAGACGAUCAGGAUGGAGUGUAUGAGGAAGGGUGGAUUGGAGAGCCUCCUGGAGGAAUGUAUGAAGAAGACGGCGGGGACAGCGGUAUGGAGGAUGAUGAUGGCAUCAUGCAUCCCCGUGCUCACCGUCAAAAUCGAGACGACGACGAGAGUGAUGACGAUGAUGAUACUUUUGAUGGUGGUGGUCGCAGUCGCAGUGCAGGAUCAGGCUCGGGUAAAGGGAAAGGUAGAGGUGGUGGGGGGAGUGCGAGUAGGAAACCUUCGUCAACGGCACUCCGGUAUCCUGACGCUGAUGAAGACGCUGUUAUGCGCCAAGAUGACCAGGAUGUUUUGAUUAUCGAAGAUGACGACGAUGAGAUGAGUUUGGGUACGACUGCUAGGUCUGUGUCGCCUUUCGUCCUCGGGUCUUCUACAACAAAUACAAAGUCGAAGAUAUCUGGUUCAAGGAAAAGGGCUACUGGGUCUAGUGCGAAACACCGACGGCAGCAGGCGCAACCCAUAUUGAUCGAAGAUGGCGAGGAAGACCACGAUACGGCCAUGGACAUCGUUGCGACCGCGACCUUACCCACUAGCAGUAGCACCAGCGGGUUUUACUUACAGCAUCAUCAGAGCUCAUCGCGAGGGUCGUCGUCGAUACAGGAGAGCUCCACCGUCCGAAGUGAUUCCGAAGGUCCAGGCGUGGGGAAGCGGACUACAAGGGCGUCAGGAAGGAAGGAGGCUACUGGUUCCGGGGCAGUCGCAGGAGGUAAUGGAAGAAGACGGAAGUGGCUAUAGGCCUCUUAAGUUGGCAGUUUUUCUUCAUCAUUGUGAUACCUCGAGUUUUUCAUCGUCUAAUAUACAGCAACUUCGUUCUUCGUAAUUCCACAUGCACUAUACGCAGUAUUCAUUCACUCUUCCUUCUCUCAUUCAUGGAUGGUCUUUGGAUCCGAGCACGUACAUUAUGUAGACUCCUCAUUCUGUAGCACAAAACAAAGAAAACUCAAUUGAGUAUUGCAAAGUUAAUAUCCAA